UCCCGCCCCUCUCGCCCUCUCUAGGCGGGAACGAGACUUUCCGCGGGAGUUCCAUGGCGACCCCGCAGGCGGCGCCUCCUGGGGCUGAGGGCGCGGGGCAGGUACCGUGGGCACCCCUCGAGGCCCCGGCCCGCCUGCUGCUGCAGGUGCUGCAGGCCGGGCCCGACGGGGUGCGGCGGGGCCUCGGGGUGCUGCGGACGUUGGACCGCCGCGACCGGGAGCCCCUCGACUGGGGAGGCCUUCUAGGGGCGCUCUGCCAGGAGGAGCCAGUGCUGUCGUGCCCUGGCGGCCGCCUGGAGCUGAGACCGCUGCUGCUGCGCCUGCCCCACUUCUGCCAGAAGAACCUGCUGUCCCUGCUGAUGGCUAUCUGGCCCUCGCUGCCUCAAAGCCAGCUCCUGGCUAUGCUGCAGAUCAUCCAGCAGGACUCCAGCUCUCUUUCUGAUCCCUGGCUCCAGACCCUAGGGAAAUGGCUGCAAAGAGACCUCGGGCCCAGGGGCUCCAUGGGGGGAGUCUCUUUGCUGUCCAAAGGGUGCCAGGAACAGCUCCAGAGCCUCUUUAGGGGACUGGGCCAAGGAGGCAGGAGGCUAAAACCACCCCAGGCUCCAGACCCUGACGGGGAGGAGGGGGGCGAAGAGUCCCAGGAUCGAGGAAAACGCAAGAAACCAGAGGAAGUGACUGCCAGUCCUGAGGGAGAGAGGGACCCCAAAAGGUUCCGAGGUGGGCACGGUGAAGAAGAGGAAGGUGACGGCGAGGAGGAGAGGCCCAAAGCCUGGUCCUUGGAGCCCCUGGCGGAGGGAGGAGGAGCAUCACCUGUGAAGAGCCAGCCUGCUGUGGUCACUGUGCCCUAUAGUGCUCUCCAGAGUCCAGGGGAGACACAGGGCCCAGCUGCCAGUGUGGAGCUGCCCAGAGCCCUCCAGGACCAGGUGCCCAGGCUGCAGCAGCUGUUGAAGACCUUUGGGGAGGGAUUGGAAGGGCUGGAAGACACUCCCCCAGCAGAGUUGCAGCUUCUUCAUGAAUGCAGUCCCUGCCAGGUGGAGCGGCUCUGUGCCCAGCUGCAGCUCCCACAGCUCUCUGACGCCAGCCUCCUGCGGCUCUGCACCUGGCUGCUGGCCCUGUCCCCGGGUCUCAGCAUCAGCAAUGCCACUGUUCUGGCCAGGAGCCUCUUUCUGGGACGAAUCCUCUGUCUGACCUCCUCUGCCUCCCGGCUGCUCAGAGCCACGCUGACCUCCUUCUGUGCCAGCCACCCCUACCCCUUCUGCAGCGCCCUGCUGGGCCCCGUGCUCCAGGCCCCAGGCACAGGCCCAGCACAAACAGAGUUGCUGUGUCACCUGAUGAAGGACGAGUCCCUCGAGCCAGAUGCUCGGGCCCUCAUGCUGGGGCAGAUCUUGGAGCUGUCCUGGAGGGAGGAAACUUUCCUGGUAUUGCAGGCACUCCUGGAGCGGCAGGUGGAGAUGACCCCUGGGAAGUUCGGUGUCCUCAUGGAGAAGCUCUGUAAAGAGGGGCUGACAGCCACCACAUCCAUGGCCUAUGCCAAGCUCAUGCUGACAGUGAUGACCAAGUACCAGGCCAGCGUGAGUGUCAACAGGGUCACGGGACUGGUCCUGGCAAAGCUGUGUCUGGGCCCCACGUUAUUUGCGAGAUCACCGAGACUCAAAGGCUGGGCUUGGCAGUGGCCCUGGAGCCCAAUGCCACUUUCCUGCGGAAGUCCCUGCAGGCCGCCCUGAGACGCCUGGGCUGCUGACCAUCGGUCUCUGGAAUAGCACCAGCAACUUCUGAAAGACACUUCUGCCCUGGCCACCUUGUCCUGACCCCUUGCCGCAGGGUAAAAGCAGAGCCAGGCGACCUCAGGUUCAACGUCCUCCCUGGGCCAGGGGCACAGAGCCAUCCUGGCCUCCUGACGGCAGGGCUCGCUGGGCCAAGGGGCAGGAUGCAGGGCCUGCAGGCCUAGCUCAGGCCUCACCACUGCUCAGAUUGCUGGGACAAAGGCUUCCUGAGUAAUUUACCUGUCAUGUUUAUUUUUUUUAAUUUUUAAAUUUUUUAUUUAUUUAUUUAUUUUUGGUGGGGGGCAGAA